CUCUUUUGGAGGGAUCCUGUGGAAUGCUUGGAGAGUGUUUUUAGCAAUCUGCUGUUUCAUGAUAAGCUGGAUUUUACCCCUCACCACAUUUACAAAACAGCAGAGUGGCUUCUGAGUGUGUAUUUGGAAUGGUUAACAGGAGAUUCUGCUUGGAAAAUGCAGGUAAGUACUGAUUCUACUGAAUUUCACAUCAUCUCACCAUAUAUUCUGCAGACACAACUUCCCAGAGGCACUAUAGUUCUCGGUGUUGUUCUUUUGUCUGACAAAACCAACAUCACCACCAUGACUGGUGCCAGGGUCACCCACCCUCUUCUUCUAGGCCUCACCAAUAUCCACAUGUGCACCUGCAUGAAACUCUCAUCUAAGGCUUUCCUACUCACCACUCUCCUCCCAAUUCCAAAGUAUCUAUAUCCCAAUCAAUGA